UCAGGGCAGUGCCUCGAGAGCCUGACAAACGACUGGCACAUUUACAUGGGGUAGGGAAUGGGGCUGCCUUAACUUGGGUCAGAAAUCCCCUAAAUGCACGGAAAUUUCUCUGGGGAUAUGAGACGUCCAGAAGUUCACUUGCUCCAGUCUAGAGUUCCCCACUUAGCCAGUGUAUCCAGGAGCAGCUCCGUACUAAAGCGUCCCAAGAUGUGCUGGCAAGGCGGACCCAAAGUACUCGCGGAGUCGGCUGCUCGCCGGAACACCAGAGAAACGGACAGGAAGUGACCUUUAUUUCGCGCGCCGCUCGUUCCCGACCGUGGCAGAACGCCGCUUGCUCUCAUUCCGUCGUCUCCCGGUGCCGCUUCAGAACCGGCGCGAUGGGCAAGAAGGGCAAGAAAGAGAAGAAGGGCCGCGGCGCGGAGAAGACGGCCGCCAAGAUGGAGAAGAAGGUGUCCAAGCGCUCGCGGAAGGAGGAGGAAGACCUGGAGACCCUCAUAGCCCAUUUCCAGACCCUGGAUGCCAAAAAGACCCAGGUCACAGAGACACCAUCUUCUCCACCCACGCCACGCUUAAAUGCCUCCCUGUCUGCUCACCCUGAGAAAGAUGAAUUAAUCCUUUUCGGAGGUGAAUAUUUCAAUGGCCAAAAAACCUUCAUGUAUAACGAACUCUACAUCUACAGUAUCAGAAAGGACACCUGGACGAAAGUUGACAUUCCUGGCCCACCUCCAAGGCGCUGUGCUCAUCAGGCUGUGGUGGUGCCCCAGAGUGGUGGACAGCUGUGGGUCUUUGGUGGGGAGUUUGCAUCUCCUGAUGGCGAGCAGUUCUACCAUUACAAGGACCUCUGGGUCCUGCACUUGGCCACCAAGACCUGGGAACAGAUUCGAUCAACAGGUGGUCCUUCAGGUCGUAGUGGACAUCGGAUGGUGGCCUGGAAGCGACAGUUAAUUCUUUUUGGUGGCUUCCAUGAAAGCACAAGGGACUAUAUCUACUACAGUGACGUGUAUGCCUUCAGCCUGGAUACUUUCCAGUGGAGUAAGCUGUCCCCUUCAGGCCCUGGGCCCACACCCAGAUCAGGCUGCCUGAUGGCUGUCACCCCCCAGGGCAGCAUUGCCAUCUAUGGGGGCUACUCAAAGCAGAGAGUCAAGAAAGACGUGGACAAAGGCACCCAGCACUCAGACAUGUUCCUGCUGAAGCCUGAGGAAGGAGGAGAAGGCAAAUGGACUUGGGCCCGGAUUAACCCUUCAGGGGUCAAGCCUACUCCAAGGUCUGGCUUUUCUGUGGCCCUGGCUCCAAAUCAUCAGAUACUGGUCUUCGGGGGCGUGUGUGAUGAGGAGGAGGAGGAGAGCCUGGAGGGCUCAUUCUUUAGUGACUUAUAUAUCUACGAUCCUGCCAGGAGUCGCUGGUUCGCAGCACAGCUAAAGGGCCCCAAGUCAGAGAAGAAGAAACGGAGGCGGGGCAAAGUAGAGGAACAUGAAGGUGCCGCUGAAGAGGAGAGUGGGGGGACUGGUGCUCCCGAGCCACUGGAAGUGAUAAAAGAGGUGGUGGCUGAAGAUGGGACGGUGAUCACCAUCAAACAAGUGCUUGCUCCCUCUGGGCUGCCAGUGCGACCCCGACCUAAGGCUGAAGACAGUGCUCUGGAGGCCAGCAGCACUGGGCAGGAGCCAUGUCCUCGUUCAAAUGCCAUGCUGGCCGUCAAGCAUGGACUGCUCUAUUUCUAUGGUGGCAUGUUUGAAGCUGGUGAUCGCCAGGUGACCCUUAGUGACCUCUACUGCCUUGACCUUCACAAGAUGGAAGAAUGGAAAACCUUGGUAGAGAUGGAUCCAAAAUCUCAGGAGUGGCUGGAGGAGACAGACUCGGAAGAGGACAGCAGCUCAGAUGAAGAGGGUGCAGAGGGGGGCGAUGAGGACCAGGAAGAGGACAGUACAGAGGACAGCGCUGAGGAGGGAGCAGAUCCACAGCACCCAGAGGUGGCGCCUGGGGAGCAGUACGAAGAGUACCUGUCCCGGACUGAACAGUACUGGCUGAAGCUUGCCCGGAACCACAUGGGCCCUGAUGCAAAGGAGAAGAAAGUCCUGAAAGUAGCCCAUGCUAUGGCGAAAGCAUUCAUUGAUGAUGCAGGUCAAGACAUGGCACGGGUCCAACAUUAGAUGGAGCGAUGGCUUCAACAUCACUGGUGUCCUUAACCAGGCAUGAAGAGGCCCGCAGAGGCUGCAGUCUAAAGAGGAACUCACUGCCCUGACUGCAGCUUCUGUCCACGCAGAGGGAAGGUUAGAGUGAGAUGGACAUUUGGGGGACCCACAGGAUAUAUGCUCUUAUCCUAAUAAAACUGGGCCGUGUGCUCCAAGGUUUUCCUUCUUCA